AUGGUGAACACUAAUAGGACUCACGUAUUGAAGCCUUUGUUGCUUGGCCUGGUGAUGGUAAUUACUGGAUCGGUUAAUACUAUCGUUGCAAAGUGGACUGACAGCAUGAAAGUUGAUAGUAAACAUUUCAAUCAUCCAUUCGUUCAGGCAAUUUGUGCGUUUAUUGGUGAACUAUCAUGCUUAUUUGUCUACUUCAUUGCACGUUACAUUCAAAAACUAUAUGGUGAUGAAGACAGUGGAUGCGACACAUCUAUUCUUACAGGACGAAAUUCCUUGAGAUUUAAUCCUUGGGUCUUCGCGGUACCAGCAUUUUGUGAUGUUCUUGCGACUUCGAUAAUGUAUAUCAGUAUAAACCUUACGCAGGCUUCAUCUUUCCAAAUGCUUAGAGGUGCCGUAAUAAUAUUCACUGGUCUUUUUUCGGUUGCUUUCUUAAGAUCAAAUCUACAAGGUUUCCGUUGGCUAGGUAUGGGCUUUAUUACUAUUGGUCUCGCUAUCGUUGGAGUGAGCGAUAUUAUUUUCGAUGAAAACUCCAAACAUGAUAUCAAUGGAAUUAUUACAGGCGAUUUGCUGAUCAUUAUUGCUCAAAUCAUAGUAGCACUUCAAAUGGUUAUUGAACAAAAAAUCAUCUCUGAAUAUAAUUCACCACCUUUACUUGCGGUUGGUCUGGAAGGUCUCUUCGGCGUAGCAAUUUUGACAUUUUUGCUGUUUCCAAUGUAUUAUAUAAAAGUGCCAUCCAUUCUUUCAACAAAUCCUUAUCAUCGGUUGGAAGACAUAUUCGACGCAUUUAGAGAAAUAAAAAGCAACCCGUGGAUUGGAUUUGCUUUGCUGCUUACUAUGAUUAGCAUUGCAUUUUUCAAUUUUGCUGGCAUUUCUGUCACCAAGGAACUGUCAGCAACGACAAGGAUGGUGCUUGACAGCGUUCGAAUACUGUUAAUUUGGCUAGUGUCAAUUCCAUUUUUUAAUGAACACUUCAUUCCUUUGCAGCUACUCGGGUUUGCACUGCUCAUUCUUGGAAUGUUUGUUUAUAACGACAUCUUUUUUGGACCUUAUUUACGCCAAAAAAUAUUACCUCUUAUCAGGAAUAAUAAGUUGGCUGGUUGCUGUAUAUCAUUCUGGGGAAUCGACUUAAUUACUGCUGAUGGCAGUGCACUAAUCGAAGAUAAUAAUGAAUAA